CAACACGUUUGCCAGUUGGUCGCGUCGCCCCGCCGCCGUCGCCCGUAUCGCAGUCCGUGUCGUUCGCGCGUAUUCGGCAGCUGUCAAAACAAACGCACGUUCGAAUUCUGAAUAAUUUAUAUUUGUUUUUGUGGAAUCGUUAAAGUUUAGCCAUGGACCAUAUGAUGCACCACGACCACGACCACGGACAUGACCACGGACACAGUGACGACCCAUGCGCUGGACAUGACCACAGCCAUGCUAUGGUGUUCCAUUCCUGCGUGUGCACCGAAAUAUUGUUCCAAGGAUGGAAGACUACCAACGCCUUGGAGCUGUUUGGUUCAGCAGUAGCAAUCUUCCUCGCCGGGGUGCUGUACGAAGGUUUGAAAUACUACAGAGAAGCGCUGCACACACGGGCCUCAUCUGCCAGCGAUUCCAGGGUCAAUAUCACCAAGAGCGAAUGCGGAACCAAUAGUCCGUGUGCCGGUACUGCCGUUGUCAAAUACUCUAUGCUGUCGGGCGGCCACAUAAUACAGACGUGCCUCCACUUCAUUCAGUCGACCGCCUCGUACAUGCUGAUGUUAAUCUUCAUGACCUACAACGUGUGGCUGUGUCUGGCCCUUGUCCUUGGUCUGGCGGUCGGCUACUUUUUCUUCGGAUGGAAGAAGAACACGGUGGUCGACAUGACAGAACACUGUCAAUAAUUACCGUGUAUUAGUGAUUCUUGUAGCAGCAGGCAUGUCAGGUUUCGGAUUUGAGAUAUUAAACUAGAAUUAUUAGUAUUUUGUUAAAAAUAGGACGCUAAUGUCAUUAACAUUAACAUUGAUAUGUCUAUAAUAAUUAUUGCUCAGCUAAAAUAUGAUAUAAAGUCAGUUCAGUUGUAUAUUGACUGAUGAAACACUUUGUCUUACGUAUAUAUAUAAAAAUUAUGUAGUUUAUUAUAAAUAUCAGGGUAAGAUGGUGCUAAAAAAUGAAAUUAUUUUUUAAAAAUACUAGAUUUAAUAUGCGAUUAACUUCUUUCGUUGUUCAAUUAAAUAUUUAUCGUCCAGUUGACGAGGUCAAUUGUGAUCGAUACACGGGGAAUAUGACUAGCAGAAACUGCUUUUUAAUUUACAUAUGUAGUGAAAAUAAACUAUUCAAAUAAUACAAUUAUCUGCCUCUUUAAGCCUUUUAGAAAACUUAAAUUAAAACUAGAUUUAAUCGCUCCAGAGUUUUUAUAAAUAACCAUUAUGAGAUAGUCGGCCUCUCUGAGUUUCGAGAGAUAUGCUCAAGGUUCAACUGAUCAUAAAUAAUAACAACAACAUUGGAUGGAACAACAACAACAUUGAAGAUGUUGUUGUUGUGCCGGGGGGCCACCUACCCACGUCUUCAUUAUCGUUCACUCGAGUGCAUAUCAGUACCGAUUCUAUUAAUUAAUUAUUCAAAACUCACAUGAUACGUUUGGUCUUAGCCGUUAUUUAUAAAAAAAAAAUUAUUGCCUUUGUAGGCAGACUACCGUACGGCCCACCUGAUGGUAAGUGGUUACCGUCGCCCAUGGACUUCAGCAAUGCCAGGAGCAGAGCCAAGCCGCUGCCUACUGCUAAAUGAAGACUGAAUGCUAAAUGAAGAAGAGAAAAUGAGAGACUUGACCUCGUGUUUGACUACAGGGGGGGUUUGUGGUUGCAAAGUGAAAUACGCCUCCGUGACUAUUUUAGAUCGGGAUCUGUAAUUACAAAGAUAUGAAAAAUUACAUUACAUAAAAUACAAAUUUUAUACAAAAAUUUUGAGGAACAACUUUAUUCAUUAUUUUUACCACAAAUGUUAUAAGUAGUAAUGAGUGUAAUCUGUGUACUCGACUUGAUUUAUAUUGAUUUCAUAGUUUUUGGCGCGAUUAACUUCGUUUUUCCAGAAAUAAUUUUUAUGUAUUUCGUAGGGAGAUCAUAUCAAUGCCAAUCCCUGGUUCUAUUGUACCUACUAACUAAUGUUUAAUAGGCGGUAGGUAUUAGUUUUCAAUAUACGGUUCAACUCAAUUAUUAUGUUUAAAAAUUUCAAUUCAAGGCACCCUUCUUGUUUCGUCAAGUAUUACAUUAAAUAACUUUACAUAUAUAAUAUUACUUAUAUAUUGUACUACACCCUGAUAAUACUAUUCAUUAUGAUUCUUUGUAAGUUAAAACUAGUUUCUUGAAUAUAAAAGAAUUGUUUAUAAAAUUCUUGCCAUUUUGUUUUUCUCUUUGUCAUCUAUACCAAUUAUGUUUUUUAUAAUAAAUGUACGCGAUUUUGGGGUUGUUAAAUUCAAUUCCCUCUCAUUUCUGUGACCGGGUUUUUUCGUGUAUUAAUUACUAUUGCACAAUUAUUUGUCAACUGACUGAGUUUGAACGUUGGCUUUAAGUGUGUCAUAAUGAGUACAAGAAACUUUAUAUUUUAUGAAUUACAGAAAAUGACGCGGUUACUAACUCAGUCUUUUCAGUUCAGUCUCACUAACUGGUACAACCAGUACAAUUGUAAAAUAAUAACAAAAAUAAUAAUAAAAGGUUUUAAAUAACAAAAACUCCCUGGACUCUCCAAAAUUACACUCUAGUCUAAUUGGUAAUAACAACAUGUAAAUUUGAUUGAUAUUAAAUUCGAUUUCAUAAGUACUGAGAUGACGCUGGCGUUUAUGUACUUGUAUUUAAAUAAGUAUAUACUAUACUGUAAACGUAUGCAAUCGACAAUAAAAAUUGUUCACAAAAA